UGUUUUUUUUUUUCUUGUGAGAGAAGCAUUUCUGUAGUAGGUCGGUCGGUGUAAGGCCAGCUUCCUAGCCGGAAGUACCGGAGGCUCAUGUGUUGGUGUGUGCUCGGUCUGCUCGGUGUCGUUGAGCGAUGUAAAGAAUGUCGUUUGAUCGUGCGUGGUGGGAGUGCAUGGAAGAUUGUCUGUAGGACGCCCAAGUGACACUCGGUCCCAGGCAGACAGAAUCGUGCCGGUGAAAUGGUUUGAAAAACUUUGCUGUUGAAAUUGUUGCACCAACCACGGAAGCGUAAAUGUGUGCUCUGCAAAUGCGAUAUAAAAACUGAAAACAGGUGAAUAUUUCGAAUGCUUGCAAGUGCGUGAGUGAAGUGCUUAAAUUUAAGAAUGUGUCCCGAUGUGCAAAGUGAGCAAAUAAUGCAUUGCAAUAGUGCAACUUCGAAGCAAAGUCUUACGUACAAACGUUAAUUUUGAGUGUGUAAGCAAGUGUUUGUGUGAGUGAGUGAGUUCCGUACACUCAGAAAAUACGGUUCAACGUCGUAAUACCGUAAAGUGACAGCAAAGAGUGAUAAAAGAAGUACAUUGAGUGGGACAUAAGGUUAACCAGAGACAAGUAUUGCAAGGACUCUCCCCCCCACCACGUAUAGUGGAGCGGCUAUUGCAGUGUCAGCAUUCCUAGUAGCCGCGAUGCCAUCGGACACACCACCACCAUCCGCAUCGGUGUCCCAUCCGUCACCAGCUUCGAGCCACGACCCGAACGAUUCCACGCACCGGGACCCGAACUCGAGCGUGUCCAGACAGGAGCCGGACCGAUCGUCCACCGGCACGCCCGGACCCUCGCAGGACCAGGCCGGCCAUCUGCAUCCACCGCACAACUCGUCGAGUUCCUCCUCGUCCAGCUCGUCGUCAUCGUCGUCCAGCACGUCGUCCUCGCUAUCGUCGCUCUCGCUCAAGCGUGCCCUUGUCCCGGAGGAACAUACCGCAAAAGCGUCACCGCCUCCUUCACCCCUUACGAUGGAACACCAUCUUCAGGCGGCACACAAGGCAUCCGCCCGAACAUCCGCCAGUCCUGGCGCAACGCAACGCAACACGCAGCAACAACAGUCGAGCACCGGUACCGCUGGAGCUACGUCCGGAAGCGGCGGUGGACAACAGUUUUGUCUCCGCUGGAACAACUACCAAACGAACCUGACGAGCGUGUUCGAUCAGCUGCUCCAGAGUGAGUCGUUCGUGGACGUGACGCUCGCCUGCGAUGGGCAAUCGAUGAAGGCGCACAAGAUGGUACUGUCCGCGUGCAGUCCCUACUUCCAGACGCUGUUCUUCGACAACCCGUGUCAGCAUCCGAUCGUGAUAAUGCGCGAUGUGAGCUGGGCCGAGCUGAAGGCGAUCGUGGAGUUCAUGUACAAGGGUGAGAUCAACGUGAGCCAGGAUCAGAUCGGUCCACUGUUGAAGGUGGCCGAAAUGUUGAAGAUUCGUGGACUGGCCGAUGUGAGCGGUGAUGCCGGCGAGUCGAGCGGCGGUCGGGAUCGAUCCGAGCGUGAAGGUGCCGGAAGUCGUGGUCCUGAGGAGUUGGAUCGUGACGAGCACAAGCUGCUGAAUCCGCUAGCGAUCGUCCAUAGUUCGCUGUUGGCGAAUGGUGCUGGAUCCGCUGGCUCCGGAGGUAGUGGAAGAGAGUCCGGUGGAGCUACGAACGCGUCCGGAUCCGGGGGCAAUGGUUCCGGAAGCUCCGGAUCGGGAGGUAACAGCACGGCGACGAGUGGCAGUGCAGCAGCUGCUGCAGCGGCAGCGGCCGCCGCGGCCAAGAAACAGCGAUCGGCUCGUGAUCGCGACACGACCAAAGACCACCGGAUGGACGCACGCAUGAGUGAUUUCGCACGCGACCUGUCCCGCGAUUCGCACAUAUCGUCGCGUGACAUUAGCAGUGUGGCGGCAGCUGCAGCAGCUGCGGCGGCGGCCGCUGGACUCGCGGCUGGCGAAUGGCCGCUCGGUGCGGCUGGCUUGGAAGCUGCGGCUGCGGCCGCAGUACAAGCCUCCACGCCGAAGAGUGCCCGCAAGCGACGGUGGCCCUCGGGCGAGCGUAGCAGCAUCGGCAGUCCGGCCGACAGUACGCCCGACCAGCUCGAGGUGCCGUCUCCGAUUCCGCCCACACCGUCCAGCAUUGCGCAGUCGAGCGGUGGAUCGACGAGUAAUCCGCUUGCGUCGUUCCCGUUGCCACCGGCACUCGAUUCGGCCGCCAUGGCCAUGUCAUCGCUGUCGUCGUCGAUCGCCAACCAUCCGGACGAUAUGGAGAUCAAGCCGGGCAUCGCCGAGAUGAUUCGCGAGGAAGAAAGGGCUAAACUAUUAGAAAACUCCCAAGCAUGGCUAGGCGCAUCUACGUCAUCAAUUGCUGCAGAAAGUUACCAAUAUCAGCUCCAGUCCAUGUGGCAGAAGUGCUGGAACAGCCAGAAUCUGAUCCACCAUCUGCGCUUUCGCGAGCGAGGUCCACUAAAAUCCUGGCGCCCGGAAACGAUGGCCGAAGCAAUCUUUAGCGUGCUGAAGGAAGGAUUAUCACUGUCCCAGGCGGCCCGAAAGUAUGACAUCCCGUAUCCAACGUUCGUGCUGUACGCGAACCGUGUCCACAACAUGCUGGGACCGUCGAUCGACGGUGGUACCGAUCUGAGGCCGAAGGGACGUGGGCGACCGCAGCGCAUUCUGCUGGGCAUUUGGCCCGACGAUCACAUCAAGGGUGUCAUCAAGAGUGUCGUCUUUCGCGAUGCCAAAGAGAUGAAGGAGGAGCCCAUGAUGUACGGAAGACACUCUCCUUUUCCCUUUCAAGACAACCCCCUGAGCUACGCACCGAACGCACCGAACGGCGCUGUACCACCCGGCACGGUACCGGACGGUAUGUCCCAGGACGCCCUGACAGCCGCCACCGUAGCGGCCGUCCGUCAGCAGAUGUGUAACAUGGUGGCGGCCGCCCAGCACCAUCCGGAUGCCGCCAACCUGGUCGCGGCCGGGUUCAACCUACCAUCGCACUGUGGAACUCCACCGAACCUUAGCAUCCAUCCGGGGGCCAAUGCAGCUGCUGCGGCCGCCGCUGCUGCUGCUGCAGCCGCCGCAUCCAACACGGGCAGCGGACCGAACUCUGGCGGUGGAUCAAGCGGUGCCAUUCCCUUGCCGAAGAUGGGCUCUCCAGCAGUACCCUCGACCGGACACGGUAACAACAACGGUGGGUCGGGUGGCAUCCAGAUGCCCCGGCUAGGAUCGCCGGCCGGUUCGAGUGGGCUGGCGAAGGAGCACGAACUACAGCAUCACGGUGGUCUUGGCGGUGGUGCAGGUGGAGGUUCGGCUGGUGGUAUGUCACGUGCCACACCUCCCGGUGCCCGUGACCGAGCACUAACGGCACGCUCGAACCUGUCCGCCAAUGAAUCGGGUCGCAGCAGUUCGGCGGGUGGCAACGUGCACCGAUCGUCACCUUCCAGCAGUACUGCUUCGUCCAUGAACCAUCACCAUCAGUCACACCUUUCGCAUCAUCACCAUCAACAGCACCACCAAUCACACCACGGACAUGGUCACCAUCUUCCACACCACAAUCCUCUGGCGCAUCUGGUCGGUACGGGCGGUUCCGGUGGGCUCAGCAUAACGAAACUCGGCUCACCAGGUUCGGCCCACGAUCUGCGCAUCAGCAACAGUCCGGACGAGAGUCCACUUGCGUCACCGAUCGGGAUGGUGCUGGAGCCAGCCGUUAACCUAGCACUCGGGGCAGGCUCGCAACCACCAGAGGACGUCCGCAUGCACGUUCCACCACCGUACGGUAGCAAACCACCGUCCCGGGGUGGAGCUACCGGUUACACCAGCAAUUCGUCCCCACCGCGACCGGAGCACCUGUUCCAAGAUCAGGACAUUGCGGCCCUGGUUGCAACUUCCCGCGCCUGUCCACCGGCCCGCGUACCCGACUACAAGGACAGCCCGGUACGGCCACCGGCAUCAAUCAAGGUGGAACCGCUAACGGAGUGCCGGGGCGAUUAAGCCCAUCCAAUCAACUCAAUCAACAACAAGACAACGCGCAUUACCCAACGCAACUAACUUGUCUCGCAGCACUGGGAAGGUGGUGGUAACACUCAACCGUAGUAAGCACAAACCAGCCACUAAACAAACACUACUACUUACUGGCUCCCUCUAUCGGUCGGUCUUUUAAGUUAGAAGAAUUUUUAAUAUGUGAUAUACUUAAGCGUUUCUGGAGCGUCACUCGAGAGUGAAGAAAUAGGAGUACAGGCUACUGGAGAUCCCGCUCGUUUUUUUCUGUUUUUUUCUUUCGUUUCUCACAUAUAUUCCCUUCCACAUGUAGCAUUAAAUGUAGGUGUGACUUAUAUAAAGAAUAUAUAUGUAUAAACUACACAGUAUUUAUUUUGAAACAGUUCGAUGGAACGACAAAUUUAAGGUGGGAAAUAAGGGAGAAAAAAAAACAAACAAACACAAGCUUCCAACAACUGUGUGGUGAACUUCGAGCACGGAAAGCUGAAGGAGUUACAAUAGCGUGAAACAUUAUUCGUGUGCAAUAUCGGGUCGAGUAUGAUGUGUAUGGAUGAUAACAAGGGAUAACGCUUCGGAAGCGUUCAAACCCAAGCCGCGGGCCUAACGCGACCGGAAACAUUUGUAGCAAGGAAUCUUACAUUCCAUCAACAACAACAGCAUCAAACGGCUAAUCGGCUAGACAGAGGAUAAAUAGGCCCCGCAAAAUCAAAUCUACGACGGGUCCGCAACCGACAACAACUAACAGCACACUUUCUUCGGAGGGCAAAAAGCUUAAGACUUAGACAUCUUGUGAACGUGAAAGGGGAAACUAACUUUACGUGUACAAACAAACGAAAGGAAUUCAAAGUUUUAAAGAGCGAUUCAUAUGGGCGGAAAAAAAAAUAUUAAAAAAAAAUCACAACAAUUAAUUACGGAAAAAAUGGGAAAACCCUGUUUUUUACUGAGACUGGGUUCGACUACAUAACGACUCUUGAGUUGCCUUCCGGUCGUCUGGUAGGCAAAAUUCGGAGCAAAAAGGGAGUAUUUUGUAAAGCAACAGAAAAAAGUGCAAACAAAUUUAUAAAUUGCCAAACAAUUUCGGAACAAACAAAAAAAAAAACAAACGGAAGCGUUAUGCUCUUACCUGUUUCGGCUACCAAAGGAACGGAGAUGAAGUCAAACUGAGACAAACUAUUGCAAAGUGACAAAACAGAGUAACAAAGAGAUAUAUGGAGAGACAAAAACAAACAGCAAACCUUUUAGGCCUUUUAGAUUGUGAAAUUUUCUGCUAGUGAGCUGAUGCAACCUCGAAACGGAAACGAAUACGUUUAAUUAAUUGAACGAACUUUUGGUUCAUCUUAUUUUGCGGCUUCAGUUUCUUUUACCGAAGCGUGUCACGAUGCACGGUAAAAAUGUGACACCGGGUAUUCGUUGUGGUGGAAAGGCAAUUGUAGGAGAGAAGAAAAAAAUCAAACCGAUUAAAAAACCAGCAGAAAGCGGAAAUGCAGGGUUUUCCAAACAUACCAAGCACUGUACGAAACAAAACAAAAAAGGAAAAAGGAAGGAAACACAACUGGUACAAUCAUGGACAAUGCAAUCGUUUCUUAUCCAGCUACCAACGGAAAUGCGGCAGAAUCCAUCGCAAAACGCAUACGAGUCAUGUGGAGGUGAACAUACGAUCAACGCUCCCUCGUUACAGACGGACCUCUUUACCCUGCCCCCUCCCUCCCAAGUAUCCCUUGUCCCGCUCAAAAUCACCCAUUUUGGCAAAACAACUUUCAGGAAGUAACGUUUAGGCAAAUAAUGAGUAGAGAAAUUUAUUAAAAUACAAACACACAAACCUUUCGGCCUAUGUGUUCAAAAACGCGACGAAACUGUUUAGGAAAGCUUGAACCAAAGCAAGCAGGUAACAAAAUUUUAUGCAAAAUUUAACAAAAUUAUUAAACGAAAAGGUAAGAGAGAAAAAGAGAGAGAGAAAAAAAUACAAAAUUAUAGUAGGUGAAAGUAUAUUUAACAUUUGUGCAAUGAGCAAAGAGUAAAUAUAGUGCGAACGAAAGGAUAGUAGCCUUGGAAAGGAGCGCAUUGAGGGAGAAACGAAGAGAGGAAACAGAGAAAAGUGCCUUCCACUUCCUUUUACGAAGCGUGUGUAAAAACAAAGCAAAACAACAAACAAACAAACAAAAGCUAAUCAACCGGGGGAAAAAAUAACCGGUGAACUGACAGAAAGAAAAACCAAAACCACAAAAACGAAAACGAUUGGCUGGUGUAGUUGUUAGUUUUAUAGUGACACAAACAAACAAACAAAAAACGAAACGUUACAAAACUUUUGGCAGCAGCACAAAUCUAUGUGUUCGAAAUUAAGUCAGAUGGUAUGGUGAAUUUUUGGUUUUGUAUUUUGUUCGUUGUUCAGUACACCGGGUACGAGGAUGUGACCGUUAGUCAGCGAGAAAGCAAAGGAGCAUCAAAGCAACAAAAACAGCCAACCGAUAAGCAAAACUCUGUACUCUGUAGGAAAGCGAUGCGGCUAUAUCAGGCAACGUUUGCUUCAGUAACCGUUCAAACCAAAAUUUUAAAGUCCAUUUUCCGGAAAUGAGAAGCAGAAAAGAGAAGAGGAAUUUUCCUUUAGUUUCAUUAUUUAACAAAAAAAAAAACACAAGAAAGGUGUAUUUUAAACUGCAAAACUAAAGCAUUUACCAAGCAGCUCUGUACAAAUUAAAACUACAUUGGAAACAAACAGAAAAGAAAACGGAUGCACUUUAUCAUUUCGCGAACCCUGUUCAACUUCAACAAACAAAAUGCGCACAAUGAGCUUACUACUAAUUCAGUGCAAGCUUCUAACAGAAGUGAUCGUAUGUACCGUACCGUGUGGAGUGAUACAGACCGGACUUGUAACAUAAAUUCCCAACCAACCGAAUUCAUCACCGAGCGGCAACCGGCACCGAUUACGUUCCACUAACAGCGGUGAACACUAAGUUUACAUUUUAGCCGUAUUGAGUCUUGAACGUUGAAGAGCCGUGCAAGUGAAGCACGAGCACGUCGAGGUGUGUCUGUGUGGGUUAUGUGUGGUAUACGAAAAAAAACCAAAAAUUAUCGCAUAGGUACAUAAACAUCACUAAAGAGAUCUACAGCGUCACCAAGAACAUACACGAGCUCCACUGUAAACCCAAUAGCCAAUAGAUUACACGUUAUGUGACCCGAAUGAUCUCAAUAUACAAAACAUCAUCAUCAUCAGCUGUUUAAAAGCAUCCCCGACGCUCCUAUUGACUAGUUGAUUACUUUUUUUCUUUUUUCGUAUUUUUUCUUGUUAUCCUGUGUCAAUAUGUCUCCAUAUAGAAAUGCAUCCCAAUAGCCCAUUCGUCUGAAAUAGUCAUGUGCAACAAGCAACAAAAACAUCACAAAUGAAAGCAAAACAGUUCGAAAACACAAUAUUAGCUAAAGUCAUAAAUGUAUGUGUAAAAUGGACUAGAAAUACUUAAUACAGCAGAUAGUGUGUUGGCAAAGGCGGGAAAGGUGAGCAUGGACACUCAGAUACAAAACAUAACACAAGCACGUGUAUACGUGUAGCUAUUAAGACAACCAAACGGAGGUGAACGAUGAAGUGUGGAACCACAGCAAGCAAGUGCGAGAAACCGGUCAAAAUAGCAGCUUGCCUGGCGUCCGAUGGAGGAUGGUAAAUGACCGUUCUUAGUGCUGGCACAGGGCACUUUGACUUUUGAAAUGCUAGCGCAACAAGCGAUUUCUUUAUCCUCGUGAAAAACAUUACUUUUUGUUUCUGUGCAAUUGUUUAUUCCGUGGCGUGUCACCCACUAUCCCACUGACUGUUUUACUAGCAUCAAUCGCUAAACAGUGAACACAAUAAGAUCGAAUGAGAUGAGUAGUAAAGAGAGUCAAAACAAACAAAAACAAAGGCAGAAUCAAAUAGUAAAUCGCUACAGAACUGUAGUAGGGUAAAACGAUUGUGUUUAGGUUAAUUUAAACGAAUUACCACUAAUUACACCACAAUAGGCAAGCGAAGUCCGUUCGCGAGAGAGGCGACACGUGGAACGAUUCGUUCGCAAAGCGUGCAAUUUAUAGUGAAAAAGAAUUAAUAUAAUUUUUAAUCGCAAUUCAAACACUUGCUCCCAAACGUCCUAAUCCGGCAUCAAAUCCGGCCGGCUGCUACUGCUAAUAAGCCUAUCAUCCUAUCCGUUUCCUUUACCUUGCUCCUAAUCAAUGUACAAAGGUAGUCUUAAAAACCCUUACUAUCAUGUAAUUGUUUUAUGUAUGAUUUGCUCGUAUUUUACAUUGUCUGUUUAGCACAGGAUGAUCGAUGAUCGAAAGGUGGAAUCGAUUUUUUACUUACUUUUCCGGUGGUGACUGUCCUUUUAAAUUACCGGGUACAGAGGGAAUUGGGAACCUACGUGGCAGGACAAACUUUUAUCCUUAGAAGAGUUUAUUUAUUACACCGAGCUAAUUUGCGUUAGUACCAAUACUGCUGGGGGAAACGACGACGUUUAAACGGUUAAUGGCAAAUGUAUACCGAAAUAGCUAAUACAUCAUUGUGGACGGAAUUCACAAACUGCAACUGCAACCGAUAACAAAAAUUAACCCAAUGCCGGGGUGGAUACGGAUGUUAGGUGGCGUUUGCACCACCUAUCGGCCGCCUUCCUGUAAAUGGCCCCGUCGUGUGCGAUCGCCCGGUGGCAAAGCUUAACACUGGAGUUUAUUUAUGUGUCUGUUGAAUUUUAUUUUCUAUUGCCUAAGUUAUUAUGUAUUUUUUAUCGAAACUAACUUUUAAGCGCACCUUUUUAUCGCCUGAAAGCAGCAUUCAGAGUAACGCGAGCGCUACAGGAGACAGGAGCUAUGAGUAAAGAUGAUAAGGAUUGUGUGUAUGAAAUCAAAGAGAGAGAGAGAGAGAGAGAGAGAGAGAGAGAAGCAAGUGGAAUCGACCUGUUUACUCGAUGGAUGAGAAGUACUAUUUUUACCAUGCAACCAUUUACCUAACUGUGCUGGAUUGUUUUUUGCGUAAAGCCGAAUGAACGGUGACAGACGGUUUACCCCACCAAAGGGCGAACAGGUUAAACAGCUAGUGCAAAAUCAACUAAUCGAUCACCACUAGGUUCGACUACACACACACACACACACAACAAACCACAAUCAAAUAAACCAUAAACAUUUCAUCAGCAAAACAAUGGAACGAAAGAAUUAAGCGCACACAUCGCGGGAAGGAGAAUACGAUGCUGGCGGAAUCACACAGAAACAAACAAACAAACAGUUUAUCAUAAUCAUUAGUUGGCUAUUUGUCACAGUGUACCAAUUUAUUCGAUAUAAAAUAUAGUUUAAAAAAUACAACUAA